AUGGAAGAAGCAGCCUAUCCGAUCGAGAAAAGCAGCGACAUGCAGCCACCACCGACUUACAGACAGCAACAGCAGCCACCGGAGCAGUUUCCGACUCAGCCUCAAUCAGCUGCGUAUAUCCACACGCACCAACCUCAACAGAUGGUGUAUCUCAACACUCGUCAGCCUCAACAUUAUCCGGCCAUGAGACAGACGGUCGUAAACGCUCCAAUGGUGAGAGACUACAUGGCCGCAUCUAUCUUUACCUGUCUCUGUUGCUUCUGGCCAAUCGGAUUAUUUGCUAUUCUCUACUCAUGCAAGGUGCGAGAAGCUAGACAAGUGGGUGACGACAACAACGCAUUGAAAUAUUCCAAGACGGUACGCAUUUUGAACGUCGUUGGAGUAAUUUUCGGACUCAUCUUUCUUGCUGCUCUGAUCGCCGUGCUAGCAACGCAGACCUCCAUUAUUAGGGUUUGCGCGACGACCGAUCGUCGUAACGGUAAGUGUUGAUGUGUAUCUCAUCAACACUCUAAAACCAAGUCACCGAACGUCAGACAGGAAUGACAGCAACUAUUAUCUAUCUUGGUCUUGAUUUAGUGUGCAUUCAGUUUGACUCUCAAGCCUGCAUGUAUUUGAUGGUAAUUGGAGCUCAUCAAUCUAAUUUGCUAUAGAUUUGAGUGUGUGCGUAUAGGAUUGCAAGAAAUAUGUUUUAGCUUUAGAGCACGUUCUUGAGAAUGUUAGAAAAUUUGUGA